AGAACGUACAGCUGAGGUGCAGGGUUUUGUUUAUAUUUAAUUUCCUUAUUUUUCAUAAUUGGUGGGUGAAGUAGUGAGGUUUCUAAUGUUGUCAUUUUUCCUGACACACAUAAAAAAAAUUAAAUAUUGAAAACAAUGACUUAGUGAAGGGCCCUUAUACAACUGUGAAUUAACUGCAAUUGUUUUUGUGAAUUGUUUUCCACAUCAGAUAUUCCCUAUGGAAUUUGACAGAAAGUGUCUUAGAUGAAAUAUGAAGCAAUUCAUAAGACACUCCCAUGUGGAUUUACUACAUGUUUACAUACCGGGAUUCCAUGGCAAUGCUGCAAUGGGAGUGGAUGUACUGCCUUUUUAAAGGUGGGUACUGGUGAAGGAGUCUAGAAUGUGUGAAUCUCAGAAGAACUUCAAGACCUGUGUACAGUAUAUGCAUAUUAAAACCAGACUACAAAUAGCUCCUCUGGACAAGAUGAACACCACCAUCGCUGACUCUUCCAUGUUAAGUUUAGAGGGCUUCAUUGUGUCUCCUGAAGCUGCUCACCCUCUUUUUCUGUUAACAUUGGCAGUAUAUCUGGUUAUUCUUAUUGGAAAUGUUACAGUUUUUUCUGUUAUUGUUUUUCAAAAGACACUACACGAGCCAAUGUAUUUCAUGAUCUGUAAUAUGUCUGUUUGUGAUUUGAUUGGAAGCACAGCGGUAAUGCCUAGAUUAAUGGCAGACUUCCUCACAGAGGUUAGAUACAUCUCAUAUGUAGCUUGUGUUAUUCAGGCUUUCUGUGUUCAUUUCUACGGUUCAGCAGCUCAACUGAUAUUGACUGUAAUGGCUUAUGACAGAUACAUUGCAAUUUGUGACCCAUUAAGAUACAACAGCAUAAUGACAACUAAUACUUUGGUGAAGCUCUGCUCCCUUGCCUGGGGAGUGGCAUUUGUUUUAAUAAUAAUCCUCUUUGCUCUUACUCUUAGACUUCCGAGAUGCAGAUCACGGAUAGUGGAGGCUAAUUGUAGCAAUGCAGCUUUAUUUCUUUUAUCCUGUGCUGACACUACUGUAAAUAACAUUUAUGGCUUAUUUAUUACAGCUUUUCUAAUCAGUUUGUCUUUUUUGGUUAUUGUCUGGACUUAUGUUAAAAUAUUAAUUACAUGUUUAUAUAAAAGUCAAAGCAAUAGUAAAAGCAAAGCCAUUCAUACAUGCGCUACUCACUUAACUGUCUAUAUAAUUUUUGAAUUCACUAUUUUGUCCUCCAUCAUUAUGCAGCGAUUUCAAAAUAUCAGCCCAAAUUCACGGAAAAUGUUUGGGAUGUUAAUUUCAACCUUUCCACCAUUCGUUAAUCCAAUCAUUUAUGGAAUUCAUACAAAGAAAAUUCGGAGUAAUGUUUUAACAUUUUUAAAAAAUACAAUACCAAAUCAAUGAUGCUGGUGGUGCAUUAUGCAACAUUCACUUUAAGUCUAUAUUUAAUUUACAUGAGUACAUCAGUUUAAUGAAUAAUAAAUAUAUAUGAACAUGGUUCAUUAAUAUGUCUUAAAAUAGAUAUAAUAAAGCAAACAGCGAAGAAACACUGGGAUAUUCAAUAUUAACUGUCAGAUUCUGUAUCCAUAGAUUUUUUAAAAUUAUAUCAUUUUCCUAAUAUUGUUGUACAUUUAUGAUGAGACAAUAAAAAUGUGGCAAUCCUAAUGAAAUGAGUUGUUUGUUUAAACCCAAACCGUCAUUAUUCCACAACAUUGAUGGAUGAUUUAUCUUGUUUAUCUUCAAUUCAGUUUGCGUUUUACAGGCACAAAGUUUUGCAGUGCUAACACUGAUUUGUAUUCUCCACAGCACAGUUACCCCAUGCCCAUUUGCAACAUGCCUCACAAAUAGGGUACAUGUUAACAAAUGGGGAUACCAGUGAAAGAGUCGAGUAAAAACUCUGAGCCUCUGAUAACCCAGACCUGUUAUCAUAAUACGAAUUGUGUAUUCACGAGGUGAAAAAAAGAAAAAAAAAAAGUUAUCAUAUCACAACAUAGUAUCAUAUCACAACAAACCACCCUCUGUUUUCAUAUUUCAUAUUUUCAUGUGUAAGCAAUCUCAAUUAUAGGAAAAUCUAAUAAUUAUCUAAUUAUAUUCCCAACCACAAUAAGCCAUAUACUAAACGAUGGGAGAGCCGAGUGCCAGAUCCAAAGAAUGAAAACGCGGGGUAAGGCAGUAUUCAUUACAAUAAAUAUGCAUUGAGGCAAUCAAAACAAAAACACAAAGAAAAUAAAUACUGGAUAACAAUAAGAACUGGUAGAGAAAUAAGAAAGAUAAGUGAAAAAUAAAGAAAUCACAUCCAGCAAUUACAGAACAAGAAAUCUGAUCAACCCCCCCCGCCCCAAAAAAAGUCCAAAAAAUGUACCGUGGCUUAAACUGUCCAUGCACAGGACAUAAUGAAGAAAAUAAACCAAUGAACUGGGGCUUCUGUCCUGAGGCGCUACUUGAAUCCCAAUCAAACAAACAAAACAAAAAUAUUUGACCAGAACUGUGGCAAAGUGGCUGGUAAGGGGAACAGGUGUAGCGCU